AUGAAAUUAUCUGUUGUAAAAUAUCUUGUUGGAAUAGAUACUCGUGUAAAUGACGUCAUAAAUCGGUGUUUAGAUAUUAAAUCAAAUGAUGUCCGCAUUGUUGGGAUAUUUGGCCUUCCCGGAGUGGGUAAGACAACAAUUGCAAAAGUUAUUUUUAACACAAUUCAUUAUUGUUUUGAUGGAAGCAGCUUUCUAGAUAAUGUUAGUGAAAAAUCAAGGACAAUUGAUGGCUUAAUUCAAUUACAAGAGACACUUUGUUAUGAGAUCUUAGGGUAUCAAAAUUUGAAGGUGGGGAGUAUAUCUAAAGGAAUCAAUGUGACAAUUGAAAGGCUUCAUUGUAAAAGGAUUCUUAUUGUUCUUGAUAAUGUUGAAAAAUUGGAUGAGAUAGAAUUUUUUCUUGAAAAUUAUGAUCAGUUUACUUCUGGAAGUAGAAUCAUUAUAACUACAAGAGACAAACGCUUGCUUGAUACUCUUACAAAAAAUAUUCAUGUAAUGUACUACGAGGUGAAGGAGUUAAAUAAACAUGAAGCUCAUAAACUCUUUUGUCAAGAGGCCUUUGGAAGAAACAAUUUUCAGGAAGAUUAUUCAGAACUAGUCAACCAAUUUAUAGAUUAUGCCAAAGGUCUUCCAUUAGUUCUAAAAGUAAUUGGCGCAGAUUUGUAUGGAAGAACUAAACAUGAAUGGAAAAGUGCAUUAGACAAAUACAAAAGAAUUCCCAAGGGAGACAUUCAAAAAAUACUCAAAAUAAGCUAUGAUGGAUUGGACCAAACUCAACAGGAAAUUUUUCUUGAUAUUGCUUAUUUUCUUAAAGGAUUCUGCAAAGAUAAAGUUGUAGAUAUACUAAGAAACAUCAAUUUCCAUGAACCAUAUUAUGAUAUUGCAAGACUUAUUGAUAAGUGUCUUAUAAUUGUUACUAAAGAUAACAAAGUACUGAUGCAUGACUUGAUUCAACAAAUGGGUUGGGAAAUUGUUCGACAAGAAUCACCAGAAGUGAUCGAGAAGCGUAGUAGGCUAUUGUGUUAUGAGGAUGCUCUUGAAAUACUAAUUGGAAAUACGGGGUCAAAUGAAAUUCGAGGCAUAACAGUGUGCUUGCCUAAACCAAAAAACAUGAAGUUCAAUCUUGAAAAGAUGAAGAAUCUCAAAUAUUUGAAAGUUUGCAAUGUAAUUUGUGAAGACCUUCAAUCUCUUCCCAAUGGGUUGAGGUUACUUGAUUGGAAUGAAUUUCCCUUAUCUUCCUUACCAUCCUCCUUUGAACCUAAAAAGCUCGUUGUACUCAAGAUGCAACGAAGCCACAUAAAACUGGAUGAGCAUUUCGAGGUAUGA